GGACGAGUCUAUGGUUGAGUUGAGGUUAUGUUCAAUGUUCAAGAAUCUGAUUUGUUUGUAAACUUAGAGUAAUUCUCGAUUUUCGAUUGUAAUCAAUAUUUGCUGCACUUAUAAAUCGAUAGGAGUUAAUACCAAAUGAAUUUUGAUACAACUAGCAAAAUUUUGACCUUGCAGUUUGGUCAUUAUUCAAAUUUCGUGGGAACUCAUUGGUGGAAUGUCCAGGAGAAGUCUUUUCAGUAUUCAGGAGACACCAAACAAGAUAUAAAUCACGAUGUUCUUUAUCGAGACGGUAUAAAUAAUAAGGGACAAGAAACGUACACCCCGCGAUUACUAUUAGUUGACUUGAAAGGCAGCUCAGGUGCCUUACCAGCAGCAUCAGAUUUAUAUGAAGACAACUCUGAAUUCCAUGUAGAUGAUAUACAAUGGGAAACAGAUAGAGUUGAAGUUAAGACAGAAGAAAAAUUAAAGAAAAAUGAGUUUCAAAAAAAACUAGACGAUCCUGAAAGCAGUAAUCAGGAAACUGGAUAUGAUUUUGAUAAAAAUGUGAACGUAUGGUCAGACUUUCUCUAUACUAGGUUUCAUCCAAGGACAUUAAAUAUAGUCAAGGACUUCCAACAUCAAAGUAAUUCUUUCAAUGCAUUUCAUCAAGGUAGUAGGUUAUGGAGUACAGAGCAGUUCCAGAAUGAUUUUAUUGAUAAAAUAAGGAACUAUGUAGAAGAAUGUGAUUAUUUCCAGGGUUGUCAAGUUUUGCUUGAUGCAGUUGAUGGAUUUUCAGGAUUGGCAACAUCUUCUAUAGAGCAUUUGUAUGAUGAAUAUGGAAGAUCUGUUGUUGCUUUUCCUUUGAUUCCAUCUUUCUAUAAAGAUUACAAUCAUCAAACUGAAGAAGAAAGAUCUAGAUCUAUUAUAAGUGACAGUAAUAGAGUCUUGAAUUUAGCUUUCUGUUUUGACUCUUUGAGGGAGAUCUGUUCUUUAUUUGUACCCUUAUGUACAGGAGAAACAGGAUGGAGGCAACCAGGGAACAAACGGGAGUUUUAUCAUACAAAUUAUAAUCCAGAAUUGUACUAUCAUUCAGGGGCCAUAUUAGCUGCAGCCUUAGAUACUAUCAGCUUGAAGUAUAGGCUUAAAUCUGGAAAUUAUAAGUUGAAGGAUUUAUGCAAGGAUCUAACUAAUAAUAACAGAAUGGCAGCAGCAGCUAGUAUGAGUCUUCCAUUUUCUUUAAAUUGUGAUUCUGACUUGGUAGAAUGUUUGGACAACUGGGAAGGACCCCUUACUCGAAGUAUUACACCAAAUUGUAAUCUUGGUUCUGAAAGAAUGGUACAACUGUACACUUUGAGGGGCAUUUCGGAAGAGAAAUUGAAGAAACCACUAUCAAAAGCUGGUAGGCAGAAAGAUCUUCCUGCAUACAAAUGUAAGACUGUGGAGGAAAUGUUGCAAUUUUAUUUAUCUUGCACAACAACUUUAUCCUUAAAUCAUGCAACGUCAGUCAGUAAUAGUUUAGAAGUUGGUGAGCCUUUUCCUAAAAUAUUUGACGAGUUUGUUGGGUUUAAUGGUAGCAUAAUUGGGUGUCCACGGCCUUCCACACUUGACGUUCAGAGUGUGCCAGUUUUAACAGGGUUACACAGUGGAUCAGGCAUAGGAAAAAUGUUGGAGACACUACUCAAAGAAACAAAAAGAAUAAAUAUCUCCAAAUUUCCUACAUUUUCUACUCUAGGUAUUGAUAAGGACGCUUUUAGUGAUAGUGUUAACAAUUUGUAUGAAUUGAAGGAAUGCUAUGAAGAAGAUUAUUACCUGUAAUUCAAAAUAUAAUAAAUAGUUAACGAUAAA